AUGUCGGCUGAGCCCACGCGCCCCCUUCUGCUGCCGCAGAAUCGCAAGCUCCGACAUCUGCGUGGCCUCUCGAUAAGAAACCUGGUCUUUUCUCGCCCACGCGGCCACACGAUUGACGACGCUGCUCUCAACAAAACCCCAGCCAAGAUCGAGUCCCUGCGAAACGCCCCUCAUUUGCAUCAUGCCCUCUCCUCCGACGACCUAAGACCGCCCGCGGCGCGAAGAAGGAGCACCAAUCUUGCCAAUGGCAGCCCGGCGGCUAGACAGAAACGGUUCGAGGACGCAUUCGAUAGCAGGCUCACCGACGUCUUCUUUUCGCUGCAUGUCGAUGGUGAAGAAGAGCCCAUAUACAUUAGCGAGGUUGGAGAACGCGCGACGAACUUCAACUUUCGCCUCUUUGACUCAUCCGAUCUCGACUCGUCCAUUACACAAGCGCCCCAGGUGACCAUCAAGGUAUGGACAAAGCAUCUUGGCACCUGGGGCCUCCUGCUGGUUGAGGAGGCCGACCUGCGAGCCCUCAAUUGGCUGGGAAGCCUGCAAAACAUUCACUUUCCCCCAAACAGCCUCGUCUUUCACAUGGUCGAUGGCGUCUACUCGCUCGAGCUCUCCGCCAAACCCCCGCCGCCAAAGCAGGGCAUCGCGCUCCCAACAUCGUCGUAUAAUGCCCUCAUGAGGCUGGCAACACUGGACAACUCUAUUCAGGACGCAUUAGCUACGCGCGAUCUCCUGACGCAACAGAUUAACGAUUUCUUGAGUAAAGAGGCCAAAAACCAGGUGCCCGAGGCUGAAGCCGAACUGGCCCUGACAAGCAAAUAUCUGACCCAGCAGCGGCGGAACGUGGAAGCAGCCAAGAAGCGAAACGAGGACUUGAAAGCCUCAAUCGUGGCCAGGAGGGCGGCCAUCGCGCAAGGCCGCGACGUACAAGCAAGAGCCGCCAAGGACGUCGAAAACGCCACCGAGAAGCUCGCGCAAUCCAAAGAGCUCGUCUCCAAAACCAAAGACCAAAUCCGCGGCCAGCGCCGCCGCAUCUGCGAAGACCUCUCGCGCAUCUACAACAUCACCCCAAUCCCUCUGGCACCCCCACUUUCCUUCCAGAUCUGCGGCUUACCGCUUCCCAACACGGACUACGACUCGUCCUCCUCCUCCUCCUCACGACAGCACAAAUCCAAAUCCUCCGCAUGCUCCCUUACAGCAAUCGACGAAGACUCCCUCUCCGCCGCACUCGGCCACGUCGGCCAGCUAGCCGACAUGCUGCAGUACUACCUUGGCGUGCCCCUCCCCUACCCCGUCCACGCAUUCGGCUCCCGCUCCAGCAUCCGCGACGACAUCAGCCAGCUGCCGGGCAGCCACGGCCACAGCCACGACCCACGCCAGCGCGAGUUCCCGCUGUACCUGCCCCGCGGCGGCGGCGGGUCCUUCUCCUCGGCCCAGUUCCGCUUCGACUACGCCUGGUUCCUGCUCAACAAGGACAUUGAGGCGCUCUGUGCGUCGCAGGGGCUGAAGGUGGUGGAUAUCAGGCAUACGUUGCCGAAUCUUAAGUACCUGCUCUAUGUGUGCAGUGCGGGGACGGAUGAGGUGCCGGAGCGGAAAAGGGGCGGGGUGAGGGGGUUGUGGGCCGGGAGGAUGAGGCAUAUGGGGGUUGGGAAUGAUGAUGGUGGCAGUAGUAGUGUGGGUGGCAGUCGGCGGGGGAGUGAUGCCAGUGAUGCGCUGGCUAGGCAGCGGGAGGAGCUUAGGAAGGCUGUUGCCGCUAGGGAGAAUGGCGGCGCUGUCAGUGGUUUUUCGUCGUCUCCGGCGGAGGGUGCUGCGGACCUGCCGUUUGGGGAGACAAAGCUGACUUUGCGAACCAAAGGGCUAAGGGAGAAUGCCGCGCCUUAA